CGGUGUCGAGGCGGCGGCGCGCUUUCGCGUUGCUCGUUUUUGUGUUUUUUUUUUCCGCGGCACCCACGAUCUACCUUUAUCGAUGGUCGCCUCCCCGGUCCCCGGCUCUCUUUAUCACUCUCUCUCUCUCUCUUUCUUUCAGUCUCGUGGCGGCGAGAGGAUGAGACGCGCGGUUAACCGAUGAUGCAAAUUAAUCGUCGUCUCGCGCGACCAACCGCCGCCGCGGCACGAUGUCCGCGGCACAUAUCUUAUCAUCCUCUCGAUCCUCGGCUGAAUCCUAUCUCGGUGAUCACAAUAUCGAGAUUACACUAUCGUCCACUGUCAAAUGUUUGGGCUGGCGUGACGAGUUCGCGAUCACGACGACGACGACGGCGACAAGACGUCGUCGAGAGUUCGCUUAUUUACCACACACACACAUACACACACAUGUAUCACCAGGUUGUAUACGCGUCACGGCGGUUCCGUGAGGCGCGAUCGAAAAACAUGGGGAAGAUUAUAAAUGUUAAACAUUUCCGAGGCAUUCCCUCAUAUCGGGACUUACGCCUCUUUCCACGACCAAGACUAUGCGCGCCCACUAACAUGUACGAGACAAAUUCAACGAAUGGAAGUUAAUGUGACAUCCUACUUUAAUACAUCGUAUAAACGAACGACGAUGUGGACUGUACACUGCCCGAAUUUAGUGUUCAUCGUCUUCGUAUUCUUACCUUCCAUUGCGAGAGGCAUCCCAGAUUAUUCUGGACUGCCAACAGGACCAUAUUGCGCCUCGAGGUAUCCUGGGGGCAGAUGCUGCCCGGGACGACAGGAUGAAUGUAGCGCACCGAUCCUUACAACGUUGUGCUACUGCGACGACUUUUGCGAUCGAUCCCGCGAAGAGGACUGCUGCCCGGAUUACUGGUACCAUUGCAAAGGGAUCGAACCGAAUGUCACGUCGCCACCCGAGGAGCUAAGAAGAUGUUUCUUCCAGGGGAGAGAGUAUAAUGAUGGACAAACGUUAAAAGUUAAUUGUAACACAUGUAAAUGCUCCUCGCUUGAUAAUCGCGCCGAAGUACUCUGCGAGGAGAACCGAUGUUUGAUCGAGCCGGAAUUAAUGGAGGAGAUCAAUUUGCAAGAACCUACCUUAGGAUGGCAGGCGGGCAAUUAUUCCGAAUUCUGGGGAAGAACCCUUCAAGACGGCGUGCAGCUUCGUCUCGGUACUCUCAACCCUUCGCAAUCCGUAUACAAAAUGAACCCGGUGCGACGUAUUUACGAUCCGGACGCGCUGCCACGGGAAUUCAACUCCAGAACGCGCUGGCCACGCGAUAUAUCCGACAUUCGCGAUCAAGGAUGGUGCGGCGCAUCCUGGGCCAUGUCCACGGCCGAUGUCGCGUCCGACAGAUUCGCGAUCAUGAGCAAAGGCGCCGAAAGCGUAGAGCUAAGCGCGCAGCAUCUGCUCUCUUGCAAUAAUAGGGGGCAAAGGGGCUGCAAAGGCGGAUAUCUCGAUCGUGCCUGGCUUUUUAUGAGGAAAUUUGGACUGGUGGACAAGGAGUGUUAUCCUUGGACCGGUAGGAAUGAUCAAUGCAGACUACGUAAGAAGAGUAAUCUAAAGACCGCUGGUUGCCGAAACCCGCCAAACCCGCUGAGAACAGAGCUGUACAAGGUCGGGCCAGCCUAUCGUCUAGGCAAUGAGACUGAUAUUAUGCAGGAAAUCCUGACCUCUGGACCAGUGCAAGCUACCAUGAGAGUCUAUCAGGACUUUUUCAUUUACCAGAGCGGAAUAUAUAGGCACUCUCGAAGCGCAGAACUACACGAUUCCGGUUAUCAUUCAGUGAGAAUAAUCGGUUGGGGUGAGGAGCCAUCUUAUCGCGGUCCACCGCUCAAAUAUUGGUUGGUCGCGAAUUCGUGGGGACACAACUGGGGAGAGAACGGACUUUUCAGGAUCCAAAGGGGAACGAACGAGUGUGAGAUCGAGUUGUACGUGCUGGCAGUGUGGGCCAAGACAAUAUAAAAAAGAAAGAAAAUACCAAAGUACUAGAAUAUCCGAUUAUCAUAACAAUUGGUGCAUUUAUUGAAUCUCUGUCAUUGGCCCGUCGUUGUGAGCAAUGACGCGAUUAUCUCGAAAACGAGAAACGAUACGAUACAUCGAUUUUUGAAAGUAUGUGAAUCAGUGCCUCCAUAUACAUCUUAUUAUAUGUAAGAUUGAAGGGAAGGGAGGGCGGGUGAGAUAAAACGGGGGUAGAAUUGUUUAUAAAUAUUUAAUGUAAGUACAAACAUAUAGUCAAAAAAAGUAUCGUCCUUAAUUUCUCAUUAUUUGUAGACAACAUAAUAAUUACAUAUAGAAACACCCGCUUCGUAUAAUGAAUUCAGAGUCGAUAUUGCGAAAAUUAGGGCUCAUGUAAUAUCCAUGUGUCAAUGAAUUCGAAUUCGUGUAAGAAGUACUAAGUGCCAUGCGCUUGAAAUAAAUUUUGUAAGUACAUUUCUUUACUUCCUUAAA